CCACUGCUAACCUGUGGAUAACCUUUCUUACAGUAGGGAAAAGGCACAUAUAUACUUCUACUGCAGACAAUAAACACUCUAAUCAGGCCGCUUACUACAUACGGUAUGUCAUUGUUUAGAGGGAUACUCGUAAUAUAAGACACUGUUUUAUGAAGUGAACGGAUUUAUUAAAACUUUGUGACAUAAGUGUAACCCGUCGGUAGAAAUCGCAAUAAUAUAUUUUUCAUUAUAGCCGAUACAUUAGUGAAUUACUGAAGUUACCUAGCCAAAGUGAUACCGACUAUGAGUGUGUUUCGAAAACAGCGUAGUCUGCUGAAGGUAACAGGUAGCCAGUGCCCGGUGAAAUCUUCAUCUGAAGCUGUGUCAAAGAGUAAUCCUGCCACAGACAAGAGAACGGACAAUUUGUCUGGAGAGAAGUGCCCACUAUUCAUGUUUUUGUCAAGAAAGUCACCUGAUGAAACUAAACCAUUUUCGGACAUCCCAGGUCCAACGGGGUUACCUUUGGUGGGGACAUUGUUUGAUUAUUUCAAAAAGGACUGGUUCGGUUUUGAGAAAAUGUUCAAGGCACAGGAAAAACGAGCCCAGAUGUACGGCCCAAUUUUCAGAGAGAAGAUCGCCACGAACGAAAACGUCAUCAUCACAGACCCUUGGGAAUAUCAAAAAGUCAUCCGUGUUGAUGGUAAACGCCCUCAACGUAUAGAACUCCUGCCUGCAGCGCAUUACAGGAAGAAGAAAGGCAUUUCACUUGGACUCGUUAACUCGCAAGGGGAGGAGUGGCACCAGAUGCGCACCAUAAUGAGUAAGAAGAUACUGCCGCCGAGGGAAGUACUGGCCUAUUGUCAGGAUAUGAGCAUGGUGGCACAAGAUUUUGCUGAACAUUUAAACAGGGUGAAGGACAAGGAGACCGGAGAAGUAGAGAACCUUGAGCACGAGAUAUUUAAAUGGGCACUUGAAUCUAUUGGCACGGUUCUUUUCGAAAGGCGCAUCGGAUGUCUUAGUACGUCUCCACCGAAAGAUGCUUUAGACUUUUUGAAAAACCUCCAAGGCGCGUUCAAGACAAUGCAACCUUUGCUGUUUAACCUGCCUAUAUAUAAAGUCUAUCCCACCAAACUUUGGAGGCAGUUUGAACACUUCUCCGACAAAGUCCUAGAGCUCGGACAACAAUUUGUGAAUAUGAAAAUAAAAGACAUGAAGGAUCAUGCUGGGGAUGAAACAGAUCGUCAAGAAACGCCACACCAAUCUGCAUUACUGACCUACCUCCUGUCUCAGGCGUCCUUAACACCAGCGGAAGCAAAUGCUCAUGUGAUUGAUCUCCUGAACGCUGCUGUGGAAACGGUGUCCAACUCGACCAUAUUUGCACUCUACUGCUUGGCAUGUAACCCUCUUGUCCAAGAAAAGCUAUACCAAGAGUUGAGUGACGUCCUUCCUGGCAGCGAGGAGAUAGGUGCCGAGACACUUCAACAACUGCCCUACUUGAAGGCUUGCGUUAAAGAAACGUUCAGGCUAUUUCCCAUCACCUUUGCCACGAGCAGAUUUUUACCAAAAGAUGUAGAAGUGGCUGGUUAUCUUAUUCCUAAGGGGGCCCAUGUUCAAGCCAGUCUAUAUCCCAUGGGACGGGAUGCCAAAAUCUUUAAAGAUCCAGAGGAAUACAGACCAGAACGCUGGCUUCGUGCUGUACCACGUGAUCCGGUUGUCAUGGCAAUCCCAAGCCUGCAAUUUGGUCACGGUUCCCGUAUGUGCAUCGGUAGACGACUGGCAGAGCAAGAAAUCUACAUCGUGCUCACCAAGAUUGUGAAAACUUUCAAGUUGGAAUACCACCACGAGCCUGUGGAGCCCGUUCUCAACACGCUGAUGACUCCUGACAGACCAGUGAAAAUUACUUUCGUAUCACGAGCUGACAGCUUAACAAUUUAAGAAACCCAGUCAUUGUGCAGUCAUAAAGACGUCUUGGAGGCAUCUUCGUAUUAAGAUUUUACGGAUGUCUUAAAUACUUACUAAAUACCUGUAACGUGCAAUGAGGGCACGGGUGGAACUCCGCCGCGUCGUCCUCUGGGCGUGCUGAGGCGUCUUGAUUACAUUGUUCCAGUAUGUAUCCAACAGAUGUAAGGAAUCAUGUUUUAAAAACCUGAUCCGAUAUUAAAUAUUAUUACUGGCACCAUUCCGAACGUGUUUCAAACAUACGUGUAUGUAUCUAAGAACUACAACAGUUGAAGGACUAAAAUACAGAUUGAGAUCGGAAAGCGGUAAUCUGUACUUACAAUUGUUCUUGCAACAGUUACAAUGUUUUGAUGUGUUUGUGUUAAACAUUCACAACAAAACACACAGAUAUCCUCAAUGAACUGCGAUAAUCAAUAAUAACGAUGUUCCACCAAACAAAGACUGAGUUAAACUCUGAACUUAGCCUUUCAAAGAGAUUCCCUUGACAAAUAAUUGUAGUGCUUAUAGUUGUGUUUAGUUGACAGCAGUUCAUGAUCAGAGAGUGAAAUCUGCUCGAAUAGGAAAAAUGUUCACCACAGAAACAACACAGCAAAGCUGUCAAAUGU